AGUACUGUAAGUGAAAGUGAAAGUAAAGUGUGAAACUCCACCACCCUUUUCCCCGUUAUUUCUUGGAACAGACGUCGUGUUACAUUCUGUUAGUUGCCAAAUUAUCCUUUCAACUGUUUUGGUUUAUUUUUCUAAACUCCAAAUUAUUUUAUUGACCAUUUACAAACAGCUUUACCUUGGAGUCAGACUUGUUUUGUUCGUGAAAUGAAGACCUUUCCGACCGCGGCGGUCUGGUGUUUUGGGAUUCUGUUCAUCAGUGUUUUAUUGAUAACGACCGGGUCGUCUGAGGUUGUUGGUUCGGCUGACCCAGUCGUUGCCUUAGCUGGUGAUGACGUCAUUCUACCAUGUUCCCUGAAACCCAGUGUCGGUGCUGAGGACAUGACAGUGGAGUGGACAGGAUUGUACCUGAAAACAAGAAACGUCCAUCUUUACCGUCAAGGUCGAGACUCCAAUGUGGAGCAGUUUCCAUCCUAUAGGGGAAGGACAUCAAUGUUUCAUGAAGAACUGAAGAACGGCAACGUCUCCUUGAAGCUGACCAGAGUUACUCUCUCUGAUGCUGGAAGCUACAUGUGCUUCAUUCCGACACUGACCAGCCAGGUGAAGGAAACCACCGUUCAACUCUUUGUUGGUGCUGUAUCUCAGCCAGUGAUAUCUAUUGAUGGAACUAAAGGCUGGGGGGUGGCCCUGAAGUGUGAGUCUGGAGGCUGGUUUCCUGAACCUGAAAUGGAGUGGCUGGACAGUUCUGGAACCAUCCUCCCUGCUGAUGGACCAGAGAAACACAGGGAUGAGGACCUCUACACUGUGAGACGACAUGUCUCCGUGAACAAGACUGACACCAACAGGUUCACCUGUAGAGUUCAACAGCAGGAGAUCAACCACCUGAAGGAGACAGAGAUUCAUGUCCCUGAUGACCUGUUUCCUAAAUCACACAUAGUGUUGAUUGUUGGUCUGUCAAUAGCUGUAGCUGUUGCAGUUCUUGCAUCUUUAGCUGGUGUCUACAUGUGGAGAAAAUGUACUAAAGAGGAGAAGCUUAGAGAACAAAGGAAGAAGUUUCUGAAAAUAAUGGAGCAACUAGAUCAUGCCCAGUUUGUGACCAGACACAAGGAUCACCUUAUUCAGAAGGUUAACAACGGGGUUUCCAUAGCAUCUGACCUGCACAAGAAGGACUUGAUCCCUGAUGAGAUGAAGUCUCAGAUCAGUGCUGCCGGGAACAGCCAGGACCAGAUGAGACUGUUGUUCAAGGCCCUAGAAAAAGCAAAAGACACAACAAGAGUGAAAUCAGACUUUUACAGGAUUCUACUGGAUCUGGAACCUUACGUUGUCAUUGACCUCGUGAAGGACGUUGAAUUGGCACAAGAAAAGAGGCGUGAUGUACAGUUUGUGAACGUACGCAGCUCCCAACUCAUUCACAAUGUUACCACGGGGAUUACCAUAGCAUUUUACUUAAUCCGUUCUGAGGUGUACCAUAAUGUCCAUGCUGCCAGUACCAGACAGGAACAGAUGAGACUGUUGUACAAGGCCCUAAACAAAGGAACGGAAAAUAUGAAAUCUACAUUUUACCAGAUUCUACUGGAUCUGGAACCUGAAGUUGUCAUCGACCUGGGUUCCAAUUUUGUGGACUACUACAAGGAUCAUCUCAUGUGGAUGGUUACCGAUGUGAUGCCCAUAACAUAUGAGCUGUUCUAUGAUGAGUUGUACCACACCAUGAACAGCCAGCACCAGAUGAGACUCUUGUACGAGCUCCUAGACUCAGAAGGGAAAAAGGCGAAAUUAGACUUUUUCAGGAUUCUACUGGAUCUGAAACCUGACAUUGUCAGUUACCUGGAUUUCAGCCAUAUUCUUGAACAUGAUGAACUUCACAACCUGGCUGGACGGCUGAGUGAACUCAAAGAAGAACUGCGGAAAGCUAAAGAGACCAACCAAUCCCCCUCCACCUCUCCAGGAGGUCAACAGGAAACACAGACUCCUUCCCAAAAGGACUCUGAGGGGAUUGAAGAGAUGGAGAUGGAAUCUUUACUGGGUCCUGAGAGGGGAGGAAGAGUUUAGUUUCCUUAGACUUAAAUAGUUAACUCUUGUUAGAAUCUGUUACAGAUUCUCUUAUGUCCAGUACCUGAUAAUCACAGGUUUCUCAGAUCAAUUGUAUUAAUAUAAAAUAAUAUAAUUAACUCAUGUUGUUGAGCAGAUGAUAUAGCUCAGUAUUUGAAUUAUUUAUUUUAGUCAUUAUUAUCUUUAUCAAGGGUGUCAAUAAUUCCAGAUCCCACUGUAUAUUAUAUAUUGAUCAUGUAUAUGCAGUUGAAUGGUAUUGUCAUGUCUUUGGCAUCAUAAAAUUUUAAGAUUUUUAAGAUAACCUACAUGGAUAAAAAUAUAAACCAUGGAAGUAAGUGAGACUUUCAUUAUGCAAUAUGUACUUUGUAAUAUUCAUGUUAUAGCAGUGCAGUGGUAUAUAUUUAGAUCACCAACUACCGCACCGAUGUUAGCAUAGCGUUAAUUAGCACCCAUUUGCACUUGAGCUAGCUAGUUGCUCACAAUGAGGGAAUCUUAUGAGGGAAUUUGCCUACUUGAGCAGUAAGCCUAGGUUUACGUGUACAGAUUUGAUCGUUGAUUUUCUGUGUUUCUUCAAUGUAUGCCUUGUUGUGUUGGCUCUAAAUGUGUGUCGUUGAUGCCGUUCCCUUAGUUACACACAGCGAGUCUACACAGCCUACACACAAUAUAUACAAUAAUGAAAUCCCCUGGUCCCAACAUACAUGGCAAGUCAAGAAAAGUCAUUGUAACUUGUCCACACUGCAAACUGAAGUUAAACAAGAAACACUAAAACACAUUUACGAAGAAAGCAGACACAUUGCUUUGAAACAGUGUCCAAGGAAAGAGUUUUGGCAUGUGAGUGCGUUGAUGAAAUGGUGUGUUUCAAAAAUACAUUUUCUGGUCCAGCAACACCCAUGUUGUGAAAAAUACUAAUUCAGUUCUAACUGUGUUCAAAACUGGAGCGAUACGUCCUUGAAGUGUAGUUUCUCUCAAUGUGAGAGCCGAGGUAGUCUGAGUGACCCCUCGAAGUGUAGUGUCGCAUCGUUCCACUUUUAACCAACGUUUAGUUGGCUUUAAAUCCCUUUUGAGAUCAUCAAACAAUGUUUGAGAGAUGAGUGAUAUUGUCGCACCCGAAUCAAAAAGCUGUUGCAUUGUACUUUUUCUCUACUUUCACCUUGGAGUACUUUUGGUGUUCAGGUUCGAUAUUAAAUUAUUCACCAUUUGA